CUGCAGGUUCUCCGGGAAUUUGAUUUCGCUGAAGAAAUUCCGGACCUCCUGCGGGCUGCUCUUAAAUUAAAUCUAACUUUUUAUACUUUUAGGAAAAUGUUCUCAAUAUUAGAGGAAAAAUUAUUUGAGACUGAAGAAUCAAUUAACAUAGUUGAGAAGGGAAUAAAACAGGGUAUUCUAACAGUCUUUGAUAUUAUUCCUGCGCUACCAGAUCGCUUGGAAAUAAGCGUUAGAAAAUUGACUUUUGAGGUUUACCCGGAAAAAUGGUUAAUGCUAGAUGAGAAGCGGCUAAAAGAGUUACGUGAGCACUGCGCACUCGCUGCGGCCACACAUCGUCAUAUCGCUCUCUUCUCCCCUGAAGUAGCUCAACUGCCGCGUUUCUGUGCCUCGGAAAUAAUUUGGAGCAACGGUGCUGUCCCAUUGCUAAGUCUGAGAAUGUCUGGAAGGGCGCUUGGACCCUAUGGAAGGAUGAUAAAUGGUAUCGAUUACUUCAAGAUCGAGAGCUGUCAAGUGUUAAUGCCCCCCGUAGAGUUGCUCAGUCUAUGGAACCUCUCAGCGGCGAUAUCUGGCGAACCACGCCUUACAUUUUUCUUGUUGAAGUUGAUGAAGGAAGUGGUCAAAGGCUUCGAAGAGGAACGAGAGACGUGGAUACCGGACGGCCCCGAGGGCAAUAACAUCGUUAACGUAUUGUACACGUACGGCUGCUGCAUGAGCGCUAUAGGUAACACGCGCGCUGCCGUCACAUAUCUCAAAGACGUCAUCAGAAUUAAGGACUACAUAACUGAUGACCAUUUCCUGGUACCGUACGCUAUGUUGGAAUUAGCGAUGUGUUAUCACGCUUUGGGUCAAACUGAAUCAGCUCGGGAUCUUCUCAUAGACAUAAAGAAUCAAAAUUUCAAUGAUUCGAAGUCAUUGCGUUUCUUAUACCGCUUGUAUUACAAGAUUAUAAUGAACGAAGAAGAUACGACUCCUUCUCCUCCGUGCACCGAUUAAAUGAUGACUAUAGCAAUGGGUUGCGAUACGAUGCGACAUACUUGUAUUAAAACAUAUAGUUGUCUCUAUUUUUUCCAAAGAGAAUAUGUGUCAUUAGGCAACCAACAGACUUAAUCUUUGUAGGGUCGAAGACUUUUAUUUCCUACCCAUCUACACGGUGAAAUGACGCUCACGUUAUAAUUGUGUUGAAAACUGGUAGUGUAAUAAUAAUAUAUAACACUAAUAUAUGUGUUAA